AUGAUUCAAGAGGAGGAUACUUCAAAAUUCCUUGAGGAAGCAACUCCUUGGGAGAAGCUUUCUCCAAGUGCACAAGCAUAUUUUGGCACUCCAGCUCAAUUUCAGCAAAGAAUUCUUCAUUAUUUCUUUGAUCAUCAAAAGCCAUACGAGCAAGCUUUAACAUUCAUCCCAUUAAACCAAUACUAUCAGCAGCUUAUCGAAUUCGGAAUUAACAAUUAUUUAGUUUUUCCGUAUCAUCUCUUCCCACAAUACCAGAGAAACCCCGCAGUCACUCCAUUCUACUAUUACAGUGAAAUGCUUCUCCGCGUUAUGCAGAGCGACAAGUCUUACCAUUCAAUUCCAAACUUUUCUGCCGCUGAUGCUCUCCGCGUUACAGGUGUUGGCCGUAACCAGUUCAUUGAUGGUAUGAAUAAAUCCAGAGCUGGUGGCUGGUCUUCCAUGCUCAAAUCCAAGGAGAAAGUAUUAAGAUCUAUUCUUCCACAACAACCACAGCAAAUUCCAUUAUCAAAUUGGUGGAUUCUUACAGCAGUUCCAGCACAAGAAAAUAAACUUGCUAAGCUCCCAUCAUCCGCUCGCCUUGCUUACGAAAGAAUUGCUGCAUCUCAAGAUGGAGUCGAAAUUGGCCAGUUUGAAGAAGCUGAGGUUCGCGCUCUUUACAACGAAUGCCUUAUCUACAUUUCUAUCCCACUUGCUCCACAAGAUACCAUCAAGUUACUUACACUUGAAAAAUUCGUCAUGAAUCGUAUGGCUGGCGAUUAUCUUGAAGGUCUCUGCUACAAGUCAUUCAUCUCUAUCGAUGACAGAACUACUGUUGAGCAGCUUUCUAAGAUGCUCGCCGUUGAUGUAAACGAAAUUACAAAAGUUUUGUCAUUCUUCAUUCGCCUUGGCCUUGCCACUAAAGUCACUGUUGACGACCAAGUCGAAGCCACAACAGAAAACUCCACCAAACGCCUUGCUGCUAUUUACGAUUGCAAUCUUCCUUCAGAUCUUAUGGUCGGAAAUCUCGGAUCAACAAUCAAAUCAUACGCUGUUACUCUAUUCGAGGUCGGCAAGAUGACCGAUACAAGCUUAACCGAAUUCAUUCAAGCAUUACAAGAAGUUCAAUCUCCAGCAGACGAUUCGAUGGUCAAAUCAUACGAACGAUGCCAAGUCAUCGCAAGAAUAGGCAACUUCCUUCGCAGCCAGAAGUUUGCUGAAGGCGGAGUCGACUUUUUACGUCUCGAGGCUUUAUUAGUCCUCGAUGAAGAAUCCCGCACAAAAUUAUUCGAGAGAAAUUACAACUCAGCGGUCGCAUUAGCUCCGCUUACACUUACUCAGUCUUCAUUAGAGAUAAAUGGCGUCGUCCAUUUCGGACCACCAUCCCAUCUCUUCCACUCUCCAUGGGUUAUCCUCUACCUCAACGCUAUUUCCAAGCGCGGACCUCCUGUUUACGUAUGGCCACAAGGUGAAAUAGUCACUUCACUUCCUGAGCCAUUCUUUGACUACGAAACUGUGAGACUCUACAAGUGGGGCAACGAAGCUGUUGACGUUCCAACGACAACACUUCUCAUCUCAUUGAAUGACGCAUUGCCAAGUUCCCCAGUUUUGAUCCAAUGCUACAAGAAGAAAGGAGAUGAAGUGCUCGAAAAAGGAUUUCCGAACGAAGAAAUCAAUGAUCCAGAGAUUAUCGAGAGUUUCUCAGUUGACACCAUGUUCGGUUUCAUGACAUUCGUUGUAAGGGAUGGAGAAAACAUUCCAAUCGACAUCGCUUACGGUAUUCCAACAACAAAACUGAAACUCUGCGAGUCAGUCAUCGAAACAAUCGAGAAAAGAGACAUGUUCGAAGAAGAAAACAUCAAGAAGAUGGAGGAAUCAACGAAGAAGAUAACAAACAAACUCGAGGAGUUCGUCAAAGAAUGGAGCUGUGGAAUAAUGACACCUGUAAGACCUCUUUAUUCAAUUGGUGACAAAAUUAAGUGGGUUUGA